AUGCCUCGUUGUGGCCCAAAAACUUGGACAACUCCUGAGGAGGAGGCCUUCCUCCACAGUCAGCUCCCUGGCUAUAUCGCCUGUCAGGCAACAAAGGUUUACCACAACUUUUGGAAUACUACGAUCCGCGAAUUUUUAAGCCGUUGGCCGGAGAGAGCACGUCUAACUGAUAUCCCACAGGAAGGCGAGCUCAGUGAUAUACAGAAGUCUCACAUGGCACAAGCAAUCCUGAAACGAAAAUCUGCCAUUAAAAACUGGUUUCGGUGGCGUACAAAUGUUGCACAUCUGGCCCGCUCAGGCAGAUCUGGUGGUGUCUUAAGGCUCGAUACCAUAUUGGCUGGAGAUGAAAUGAGAGGGACACGUGCUCCACAGGAAGUCGAAAUCUACUCACAUAUCCAUUAUGAAGGUCGCGUCAAAGCGGAUGCUGAUGCUUUGAUUGCCUCUGAGACCAUCACUUCACGUGGUGACAAAUUGUUAAUGCGAAGAAUUGUCACCCGUGAUAAAUAUUCCAAAGAGCCUGAAGAAAUCAAAGCAGAGGUAAGGCGAAGGCACCAAGUAGCCCUAGAGAAGUGGAGACAAACUCGCAAGUGGAACAAAGCCGGGAUCAUGGAGGAAGUCAACGAAGAGACAAAAAUAAAGGCUUUUUUAGAGCUUGGAGGACACCUUGAUCGUGUUUUCCGGCACCUAUCUCACAAAACAGGGGGCCUCAAGUUUACUUGUAUUGCUGGUGGACGAAACCCUGUCACUGGAGAAGCGGUUGUUUUAGACUUUCACCUUGGCGAUACUGAAGAUGGAGCAGACUUCUCAGCUCACUACCCUAAAUUCUCGGAAGUUCAAGCUGCAUAUGCUACGUUCGUGAACGAGGCACUCACCCAUGAUGACAACAUGGAGGCAUUAGCGAGGGCAGACGACAUAUCCGACAGGCGCAGUGGAGUGGAAGAGGCUGAAGGAAGAGACAAUAUUCAAGAUAGUGAGGACAAGGUAGAAGAUGGCAGGGACAUUCAAAGUGACGAGGAAGAGUCCCAGAACGACUCUUAUAAUGUGGUGCAAGAGGGAAACACCACAUCAGACCUUACAACACCCUCUAAGUUGAUCGCCUUCGAUUACUCACUCAUGGAUGACAUAUCAGCAGUGCCCAGUGUUCCAUCAACUCCGAUUCACGACAUCAUCCAAGGGGACAAUACCAUUAUCAAAUACCCCCAGAUCCCAGCUGCCUUCAGCAUGGCCGAUUUUGCCGAGUUUGAUAGGCUCCUCGCUACCAUAACAAAACAGGAUCUCGACAGUCUAAACUUCCCUCCGUUAGCACCGCAUCUUGAAGUUUCCAGCUUCAGCCCAGGGCCUGGGUCUGAACUUGAUGAUUUUUUAUUCUCGUCGACGGUUGGUAGUGAGGGCUCCGACGGUGAUUUCAAUUUUUCUUUGUCAGACAGUGACUUUGAGAUGUUCUUGCCCCAUUCAAGCCCCAUUCUCGGAGAAACCCUUACCAGCUUAAAUCCAGACAUCACCACACUUAAAAUACCUGUGCCAGUUCACACACCUUCAGCACCUCAGGCUCUCGUGCACCAAUCCCUAGCCCCACAGUCUGACUUGGACGGCCCACGUCGAACACUGCGCCGUCACGUCCCAUCAAAACGUGACCAGGCACUUAACGCUAUUGGAUCUUCGAAGUCUCGUAUAUGCCCGGCAGUAGAGAAUGGCUCGGGUAAAGAGAAUGUAUCAUCCGAGUCUGCCAGUGGUAUGAAGAGGAAGGCAGCCACUGCUAUCAGCGCCAUGAACAAGAAGAAAAGGCGGCCCUGA